UGGGGUAGAGAAUAGAGAAUUCCUCCCUUGUCCAGAGGCAAGGAGAUCCAUGACUUUGCUCAGCCCGGUGGGAUGGGGCUGGUGUGUUCUCCCAGGCCUUUGGGACCACUGCCCACACCAACAGAGCAGGAGGAGGCCACUGCACCAGGGCUGGCUCCUUGAGGCAGGGCUUUGCUGCCUGGAUACUGAUUGCGUGUGUCUGUGACAGUCGGCGCUGGCAGGUGUGCAGGCUGAUGGUUUGGUGCCGGUGGCUUUCCCGCUGCAUGUCGCCACCUGGAGCCUGAGGAGUGGACGCUCGGGCAUGCGUCCGUGGGCCUCACCAGUCUGGACACAGCAUUGAGUUCAUGGCCUCCACUCUGACCCUGGAACAGGAGCAGCUACUAAAACCAGAGUGUCCUAUUCCUGCCCUUUACAGGGUCUGCUGCGUCCUCCCUGGAGUCUGAGGUGACACCCCCAGGUGGCCCUUUCCAGGGAGCACAGGAAUCCACUCCAGUCUUUCUCCUAAUCCCUAGCACUGUGUCUGCCUGGCACCAGCCCAGCGAGCAUCUGUCACCAGGGAUGGCCAUGAAAACAGCAGGCUGGAACUCAGGGCCCAGCGGGGAAGGGUUCUGGCUCCACCUCCUGCCUCCUCCCCCAUUCUCCUCUCUCAUCAAUGCCAUCUCCAUAAACAAAGGGGGAGUGGGGCUGAGGUGGUGGCAGAGGAGUCAGCGAAAGGGAAAGAGUCCGAUGGUGAAACCCCACCCCUGCGUGAGUGAGCAGCACUGAGGUAAUGCAGCCCAGCCCUGGCUCCACUCACUCAUAUAAGGCAGCCACCGACACAGGUGCACUCAGGAGUGAGCGGAUCCUCUGGAGCUUACACAGACAGCGACAGGUGCCCGCAGGUGCUGCCAGCUAAGGAGUCCCGCUCUCUUUCUGCCAUUGCCUUGAAAGUACCUAGGGCGUGGCAACAUGUCGAUGGGGCUGGAGAUCGGUGGGGUGGCCCUGUCGGUGGUGGGCUGGGUGGGCGCCAUCCUGUGCUGUGCACUGCCCAUGUGGAGGGUGACGGCCUUCAUCGGGAACAACAUCGUGACAGCCCAGAUCAUCUGGGAGGGGCUGUGGAUGAACUGUGUGGUGCAGAGCACGGGCCAGAUGCAGUGCAAGGUCUACGACUCCAUGCUGGCACUGCCCCAGGACCUGCAGGCUGCUCGCGCCCUGGUGGUGAUCGCCAUUGUGCUGGCCAUCCUGGGGCUCAUGGUUGCCCUCAUCGGAGCGCAGUGCACCAGGUGCGUGGAAGAUGAGACCACCAAGGCCAAGAUCACCAUUGUGUCUGGGGUGAUCUUCUUGCUGUCUGGGAUCAUGACCCUCAUCCCUGUGUGCUGGUCAGCCAACACCAUCAUCCGCGACUUCUACAAUCCUGUGGUGUUAGAGUCACAGAAGCGGGAACUGGGAGCCUCCCUCUACAUAGGCUGGGCAGCUGCAGCACUGCAGCUGUUUGGGGGGGCUCUGCUCUGCUGCUCUUGCCCCCCCAAGGAUGAGAAAUACAUUGUAGGCAAGGUGGCUUACUCUGCUCCCCGAUCCACCGGGCCCAGCUACGACAAGAGGAACUACGUGUGAGGAAGGCAUCGCAGCACCCCUCCUGCCUGCCCUGAUCCAUUCAUCAGACUGCUCCUGACUUCACUGCCUCCCCCGCUGCUCUUUGUAGCCCUUAGGACCCCUGGGGAACAUGGCCACUCCUUGCUGCCCCAAGGACAAUGGUUGGCUGGCUGCUCACCAGACUGAUUGUCAUUCCAAGGGCUGGGUGGAGGAGGAACUGCUCCAUCUCCUUCAGGGCUGCUGGCGAGGGGAAGCAAGACCCUGAUAAGACUCUCAUUUCUAUUUGUAGAUACUUUGUCUUUGAUCUAUUACACCCCAGCUCUGAGACACCCUCAUCCCCACUGGCUGGAGAAACCCCACUGGGCUCCGUUCCUCCUUCAACCCAACAGAUUCCUCCAGCUGGCACCCUGGCAAACACUCUGCCUGAGAGUCAGGCCCCAGGGCAGGGAGGAGCAGAAGGGUAACUUAGGGUGAAGAGGUAUUUGUGCUGAAUGUGCCAGCAGCCUCUCCCAGCUGGCACUGGCUAUGUCCUGGGUGUUAGGACCCCCUCCUUUUCCCUACCUCCCAGGAGUUUUCUCUGAGGCACGGCUGUCCUUUCUGCGAGGGAUAGAGCAGAGGGGAGACACAUCGUUCAGAGCAGAGUUGGGAGAGGGCAGAGAGAGCAGAGGAGGGCAGUGGGCUCCAUGCCCUGCCCCCAAAGGGCUCUGAGCUCUCUUGCGAGUCAUCUCUGACUUACGCCCCACUGCUCUGCGCUGGCCUGUGGGAGAGGUGGGGAACAUGCAGGGCAGGUGCCAGGCGCUCACCUACUCACCAAGGAGAGGGCUAAACAAGCCGUAUCUUUGUAGUCUAAGCCAAGGCUGGAGAAUGGGGGUGGUGCAUGGCAAUGUGGGCUGAAAUCUG